CGGCCGCCUUCUCUCCAUGCCACUAUGCCGGACUCGGAUCUCAAGAUCAAGGAUGUGCGCACCAACUCAGCUGAUGGAAUCGAGGCUGCGCGCUCGGCAUCUUUGAACGAGGCGCUGUCCGCGAAAGACCUCUCGCUCUACGAGAAAAAGUGCGUGCUCGUUAACAGAGAAAUCGAUAACAUGGGAAUGGGCAGGUAUCAAUGGUUUGUGUGGUGUUUAUGCGGAUUCGGUUAUUUCUUGGACCUUUUAUGGGCACAGGCGUUUGGCCUGGUGUUAAGUCCUGUGCAGCAAGAAUUCGGAUUCAGAAAUGACCACAGCGGCAACAUCUCGACAUCCUUCUCUGCCGGAUUAACCGCUGGAGCCUUUGUCUGGGGCUUUGUAUCCGACAUUGUUGGGCGCCAAUGGGCUUUCAACCUCACAGUCCUCUUUUCGUCCAUCUUCGGUAUCUGCCUAGGAGCGCCAAAUACUUAUAGUCCGUUUUUGGUUCUUACCGCAUUUACUGGAUUUGGUAUUGGUGGUAACAUCCCCAUUGACACAACAAUCACCCUGGAAUUCAUUCCGCAGAACAAACGCUUCCUCCUGGCCUUACUCUCGAUCUUCCAACCAAUUGGUGUGGUGAUCUGCUCUGCCAUCGCCUACGGCUUUAUCCCAACUUACUCGUGCUCGCCCAACUUUUCGGAAGCCAACCCGCUCCCUUCAUGCCGCAAUGUACCAGCGGGUGAGGCGUGCUGUCGGAAGUCGGAUAAUAUGGGAUGGCGAUAUCUCAUGUUCACCCUCGGGGCAAUCACGCUGACAACCUUCCUUUGCCGAACGAUCAUUUUCAGGAUGAAGGAAUCGCCAAAGUACCUCGUAUACCGCGGGAAGGACGCCGAGGCUGUGGCAGUGCUGCAAUAUAUCGCCAAGGUAAACAAGCAAGAAUGCACACUGACCCUAGAGACGUUCGAAGCGCUGCAGAGAGAGCACGAAGCUCUGGGCCAGGCGUCCGGCGCCCCCGCGCUCGGCGGUGGCGCUUCCCAGGAAAAGUUGUCUAUGAGUGAGAAGCUGAAGUUAGAGAUUGGACGAUACAAACUUCUCUUCAACGGCUGGCAGAUGACACGCUUGACCGUCCUUGUCUGGCUGACUUACAUUAUGGAUUACUGGGGCUUCACUGUUGCUGGUUCCUUCCUGCCGCGCAUCAUCGCUCUGAAGAACGGCGCGCUUAACCUAUCUCUGAAAUUCACCUACCGCAGCUACGUCUACAUCUACCUCCCAGGGAUCGUCGGCGUGGUCCUAGGCGCCAUGCUGUACAACGUUCCACACGUUGGCCGCAAAUGGACCAUGGUGCUAUCAGCAGCAAUGAUGGGCGUGUCGAUAUUCGUCUUCAGCGCCGUCAACUCCGAAGCCUCCAACAUCGGCCUCAACGUCAUGGAGUACUUCUUCCAAUCCAUGUUCAAUGCCGUGCUCUACGGCUGGACGCCCGAGGCCUUCCCCGCGCCUAUCAGAGGCACCGCGUGCGGCGUGGCGAGUUUCUGGGGAAGGCUGUUUGGGAUCGUGAGCCCGCUGAUUGCGCAGAGCUUGUAUGCCAAUGCGGAAAACGGCAGCGGAAAUAUCAAUGCCGUGCUGUACCUAGCUGGCGGGGUUACGUUGGGAUGCGUGAUCUCGGUGGCGCUCUUGCCUAACAAGGCAAUGGGAAAGCAGAGUAUGUAGCUAUGGUGGAUGAGAAAGACAGGCGGAUAAAGUAAUGUAGAUAAAAUAAAUUGCUUCAUGG